UGUUGUCGAAGAAUUGUCAACAAACUGUAGAAUCUUUUCGAUCACUCGCCGUUUCGUAAACAUCUGAAAUACGUAAAUACGUGGAUGGUCUGUCCGCGUAAAACCCGUCUGUAGAAUAUUACUGCAUACGAAAACUAUUAUAUCGGCGCUAGACGCAGUGCUUCGAAAACAACACUUCUUUCUCUCUGUGUGAACAUUUUGUCAGAAGCUGAAAUGAACGAAUUGCAUAUCGAACAAUACGGUACCGUAAUUAUUUGUCCCUACAAUAAAGCACACGUUAUUCCGGCUGCACGUAUACAACGCCAUUUGUUCAAAUGCCGACGCCAAUACCCGAAAGCAAAUAUAGACAUUUGCUGCUUCAAUCGAGCGCAUCAUGUCCCGAAAGAGGAUUUGCUGGAACAUCAAAAAAACUGUCCCGACCGUGCCCUAAUUGAAGUGUACCAGUACACGAUGGACGACGGUACUUCCAAUCUGGAGCUUCCGGAGGAGCCGAAUCCGCAACAUGAGUUUGCUGUGCAAAAGUACAAAGAGCAGGAAGAGAACUGGGAUGACAUGGAUGCUCCACGCUACGAUCCGGAAGAGUACUGCAGAAAUAACCCCGUUGUCAGAAAGACAAUGCAUAUGACGAAAUCCGAGAAACGGAAAUUCCGUGAGGAAGAACGCAUUCGUAUAGCUGCACUUAAUAAAGCUUUGGAAACCUAUGGCUCGACUUCGCAAGGAAGUUAUAAUUAAAACUGUAUCAUAAACAUAACGGUACAAACACUUGUUUUUUUUAUGAAAAUGAAAUAAAAUCAUUCAACGAUGGAUGAAAUGUUAUGUAAAAUUCAAAAACACAAAUUUUAUUCCGGUAUGAUUAUGAUAUGAAAGUAUAUAAAUAUCAGCGGUUUAUAUGUUCGUUUCAUGAAAUAUAUGUAGUACUUAUUUUAGUUGAAUUAAUAAAAGAUUCCAAAUGCACCUU